AUGAAAACACCAGAAAUAGGAGAGUCGGUCUGGGUACCCACUUACAGAGACAACUGUUAUAAGGGGUCUCUUCUGAGAACAGAGCAAACCCCACUGAUCGUGAUUAAAGAGGAGAAGACGUGGCGAGAAGCCCUGAGGUUCUGCAGACAGAAUCAUGUGGACCUGGUUUCUCUUCAGUCACAGGAAAUGCAAAACAGGGUGGAAUUAGUCAUUCAAAAUGUCUCCACUAAUGCGUCAUCAAUGUGGAUUGGUCUGCGUCACACCUGCGCUCUGGGCUUCUGGUACUGGGUGACAGGAGAGACCAUCUGCUACCAAAACUGGGCUCCAGGUAACGGGACCGGAGGGGAAGACUGUGGUGAUGUGGAGAGAACCGGAGCGAUGCUGUCUGACAGUAAGAAGUGGAUCAGCCUGCCAGAGACUCAAAAACUCCCCUUCAUCUGUGUCACCACCUAG